AUGGAACAAAUCAGAUAAAUCAGUGGUAAUACAUUGAGUAAAGCGCUUUUGGAGUCUAAAUACAUACCUUAUGAAUACAGGGAUAUCACAAAGGAGAAGGAACAUGAAAGAGAAGUGAACGAAUUCGUAGUUAAAUUGAAAUGGAGCACUAGUCCAAUGAUAUAUAUUCAGUAAAGUUUGUUGGUGGAUACACAGAUAUAGUAAAUUAGACUAGAAGGGAGAAUUAGAAAAACUAAUAAAAUGAGGAUUGGGAUAUGA